UGUGGGGGUGUGGAGGACGAGGAACACAUAGAUUACACAACCAGUGUGUUCUCAGAGACGAGCAGGGGAAGGUGUUUCCUGACAAAACCAACAGGCAUCGGACAAAAUGCCAGACUUGGAGAGUAUCAUUGAGAGCAUCGUCCAGGGAGACCAGGAUGCUGUCCAGCUGCAGUUGGAUUGCUACAACAUUCAGUAUGCCGAGUGCUUUUUUUUCAACACUGAGGAGGAGGAACGGAAAAAGCAAAAAGAACUGGAAGAGUUCAGAAAGAACAAAGUGAGGGAAUAUCGUCCUGACUCGAACUCUGAUCUGGACUCAGAUGACAACGAACCCGAUCUUUUUCUCCGACAGCGUUUGACAGAAGCCCUUCUGUCCUUCAUCAAUAAUCAGCUCCAGCCACCGGUGUUGAGAACUUGCCUUCAUACCCUACGUAUUUUGUCUCGUGAUCGGCGGGCUCUUGGGCCCCUGGUCACUGACAACGCCCUUCUCACCUUUGCAAACCUGGGAGGUAUCAGUAUCUCCCAGACAUACCCACAACAAGAGGAGGAAAGAAAUGAAGAUGAUUUGGAAACAUCCAAUGGACCAGUCUGCGGAAUAAUUGGUGAAGAAGAUGUUCUCACAUCGGUAACUGUUAGCUCUAGAAGUUCUGCAGAGGACCCUGGUGCUGCCAGUGGCAACAUCUGCCUUCAACAGUCCUACAACUGGAGAGAAGAUGGAGGUCAUGUGGUGCUGCACCGUGGAAAAAAAGAUAUUCGAGAAGAGAAGAGUGAUGAGGAAGAGAAGGAGGAGGAUGGGGAGGUGUGUAGGAAGGAGGCCAUUAAAGUCUUGUGUAAUGUCAUCUACAACAGUUCCAUGGCACAGGAGAGGGCCAGCGCACUCAGGCUCUUGCAUGGCUUGUGGAAGAAUCUGAAGCAGGGGAUCAGAGGCCCUGGUUCAUCCAGUGACCGGUUUUAUAAGCUAAGACUUCUCUUCUUACUCACUGCUCUGAGGCCAGAACUCAGGGUGCAGCUGCAAAAGGAACAUGGGGUGUCAGUGCUAACCAAAGUCCUGGAGCAGUGUCUGGGAGUGAGGUCGGCUGAUAACUGUUACAGAAACCUUCCCAUUUCCAAGGACAUGUCCCAGCAGGUCAUUGAGAUUCUCAAGAUUCUAUUCAACGUUGUUCAUAGGUUCCACAGACAGGACCUCGAUGAGGAAGAGGCUGCUCUGUGUCGUCAGCUUGCCGCUGUGUUGCGUUAUUGCUUGAUGCUGACAAGUGAUGAAGACACGUUGGAGGAACUCCAAGGACACACAGUAAAUGUUCUGUCAGCGCUGCCGCUCGCAUGCUUGGAUAUCCUGCUUGCUGUUCCCGUGAACCAGGCAUCCCAUGAGUGUGACGGAGUCAACAUGGACUGCGUCCAUGCUUUAGUCCUGUUCAUGGAGAGACGCCUUAACAGGAGUUCAAUGUUAAAGGAGAAGCUAACACCAGUACUGAAUCUGCUGACAGAAAGCUCUCGAGUUCACAGGGAGACACGUCACUACCUACGACAAAAGAUCCUUCCUCCACUGAGGGACGUUGAUGUCCGACCAGAACACGACACUGCGCUCAGAGGUCAGCUGGUCCGACUGAUGACCCACGUCGACACUGACGUCAAAUACUGUGCUGCUGAGCUGCUGUUUGUCCUUUGCAAAGAGAAUGUCAGCCGCUUUGUCAAAUAUACGGGAUAUGGCAACGCCGCUGGGCUCCUGGCGGCUCGGGGAUUACUGAACGGCAGAUGGAAUUCUACAGAGUAUUCGACCCAGUACUCCAGCGACUCUGACUCUGAUACAGAGGAAUACAAGGAGGCCAGAAACAGGAUUAACCUGGUGACUGGUCGAGUGGAAGAAGAGCAGCCUGAUCCGAUGGAGGGUCUGACAGAUGAGGAGAAGGAGGCAGAGGCGCUGCGCCUCAUCGGCAUGAUCAACAGAUUAUCACAGGACCAGAUUAUUCAGCCAAUGGGUGUGACGAUACAAGGCAGGAUGGCUCCACUCUUUAACCCAAACAUGGGCUACAUGUUUGAGGAUGAGGAGGAAAGUGAGGAGGAGGAGAAUAUGGAUGUGAUAAUAGAUGGGAGAAAACACAAACAGAUGGAAUAGACAGAACAAUGGAAACAGGAAGCAGUAGCAGAAGCAACUUUUCAUACUGUAUUUUAUUUUUCUUGCAUGUAGGACACUUAAAAAAGAUACUAUGUGGUUUGGUUUCAUUAACACUUUAAUGUUAAUGAUAAUUACUAGAUAUGCAAAUUUUUCGAGUCAGUAUGAGUAAGGGAAUGCACUUUGAGCUUCAAAACAGCUCUAAAUGUAAUGAUUGUACGCUUAUGUUAAUGACUUCAUAUUUAUCAGGAUUCUUCUGUAUCAUAUUAAUGUUUUACCAGGAAAGUGUGUAGAUAUUGUAAUUAUUUUAGAUUUUAAUUUAUCUAAACACAAAAUAAAUAAAAUAUAAAAUGAAGGCUGUGACACAGCGAGAUGCAAUGAGAA